GCAUUAUGGAUGGCUUGGGUCAAAGAAUUGACACUGUUCCUUUAUGGUGACUGAUCAUCCUUCCUCUUUUUAAUAUUGUGUCCUUUUAUAACCACGGUGAGUGGAUCUGGCUUCAGCUUAUAAACCUUAUGGUGACUGAUCAUCUUCCCCCUUUUUUAAUGUGUCCCUUUAUAACCACUAUGAAUGGAUCUGGCUUCAGCUUUUAAACUUAUCUGCAAGCUGCUAGAGCUGUAUUCUGAGGCUUAUUCCCAGUUUCAGUGCUUAAAGUUCAUGUUCUGCAUUCAUUUCCUUUUCGGUGAGCUAAAUAUACUGGUUUCUUCUUCUGUUAUUUGCUGUUGUAUUUCCUGCUGUUGCAGGAUUUGCAGCACUGCAGUGAUUCUGGUGAUUCCCUGAACUUUCCCUGGCUGAGCACCAUCUCUUUUUUUUCUUUUCUCUCUCUCUCUCUCUUUUUUUUUCCUUCCCUCUUUGGAAGUAAAGGAUUUGAGUGUAACCGCUGCAUUUGCAAUGAGCAUGGAGAAAAUGCAUUCCUCCUUCACGGCCCUCUGUCCUCUGAAGUCCCGUAAGUCCAUGUGCUCCGGGUUGUGUGCUGGACACAGACUUAUGCAGUGCGUUAUGUAGCUCCUUUGGUCACUUCUCUCCCACAGUCUCAGGUCUUUUUCAAGAUCUCUCCUUCUGAUUGCCCGCUCCCCCAUCACAAGAGCAGGACUUGGGGCUUUUUGCUGGCAGCAGUAAGAUUUUUACCUUUGACUUUAUUUAAAACAUGUUGCUUGUUUAUGGCUGCUGAACAAGUAAUCCGUGUUUUGGUUUUGUGACCUGACCUUCUUAUUAUUCACUGCUCCUCCUGAUGCUACGUUAUCUGCAAACCAAUGGAGGUGACUUUUCCUCUCAGGUCGCUGAUAAAAUAGCAGAGUCUGGGGCCAAGGGCUGAUCCCUGUGGGACCAGUUGAUCCACUGAAAACAUAUGGUGCAACCUGCUAGUUUAUAUUUCACAUCUAAAGAUUUCUUAUUUCUUUAUCCCGCUGGACGCAUCUUGUUGACUUCAUCUUCUGGCUUUGUCUUCUAUAGUACCAACCCAGUUGCCUUACAGGAGGAAGGUGUAUCAAGCUCAUGAGACUAUUACAAAAAGAGAUAAAAUUCGAAAAGCUGAAUUUUCAGUGUGGAAUUAUAAGCAUAAUUCCACACUGGAUAAUAAAAAAGGGAUUUCUCUCCCUUGUGGUCUGAAAUUCUAACUGCUCUCUUCCCUUCUCCAUCUCUUCCCUUAGCAGGAAUGAACAGCGGGUAGGUUAACUUGCUGUUACUUUGGCUGCCUUGUUUACACUUAAAUAUUUUUGUAUUUUUUCCAGUCCAACAGUAUUGUUUCUUACUGAAAAUAGUUUCAAGAGCUCCUUAGCGGCUCCGUUCAGACUUUUCAGAUGGAGAUUUUCUAAGCCUGCUAAUUAAAAUGACUGGCUUUGAGUAGCUGUUGUUUUUUAUAUUCUCCUUAGUUGUUGUUGGGCUGGAAAUCAGUUCAUUACCAUCCUGUGGGAUGGCUGUAUCAUCUGUUAUUUCUCAUAUAAAGAGCAGUAAUUCAGAACCGCCCCCUCCCCGGGGUGUUCAAUUAAACAUUUUGGUCCCUUUCCUUCCCCCCACACAGCUUGAGACAAGAAUUUGCCUGAUACGUAAUUAACAUUCUUCUAGGUCCUAAUGAACUCCAAAGUGAUCUUGUUCCCCUCUGAAUUAUAUUUUCUGUUAACUCUUUAUCGGUUGCCAGAUUUAUGAUUUAUGAUAACUCUCAUUAAUUUUUACUUUCUUCCAGUAUAAUAAAUAUCUAACACGUUCGACAGGUGCUUUAAUUUCCAUGGUAGGUGGGAUUGUUUGCCUAGCAUGGCUUUCUCUUUACCGGCUGUGGUGAGCUGGCAGGAUUUGCUCUUGUUGUUGGCUUUUUAUCUUUUCAGGUGUAAGCUGAAGUGGUCAUAAAAGAUUUGCAGUCCACGUAGAACUAUAGAAAAGCUAUAGGUUGGAAGGUUGGAAGGGACCUCAUAGAUCAUCUGGUCCCAUCUUGAUGCUUUCUUGUUUAAGGAGAAAUGCCUCUGCGCUAUGAGGAGAUCAGGGAGGUAGCUGGAUGCCUGUGAGUGUUGUGAGCAUUCCUUAUAGCUGUUAUGGUGUCCUCAAGAGUAGAGGUGGGGAUCUACCCUCCAGGGGCACUGCCCUAGUGCUUCUCUGGGAGGAGAAGCUACCAAACAAACUGUUCCACCAGUCCCUAUAUCUCUGGAAAGCAUAGAGAGCUAAGCUUAAAGUGUUUUGUUAUGUUUUUAAGACCUUACGUUAGGAUGCAGAUGUUUCCAUCUACCACUAUCUUGAGGCCUGAAUCUUGAUUCAGUAGCACUCAUUUGUUUUGUUUUUAAUGAAGUUGACUGAAGUAAUCUGGUUUUCUGGCACUCUGACAAAAGAAUUGUCAUAGGAAACUGGAAUACUGGCUCUAAAGUGUGGAAUGCCUUAAAAUAAUUUGUCUAGACAAAUGCUGUGCAUGCUUUUCAGUGUAUAUUUAUUUUAUCUCGUUCACAUCCUGUUUCCUUUCUCUCUACAGCUUUCAUUACGGUUUCAAAACAAACUAGUCUGCCUUUGGCACAAGCAAUAGCAGGCGACCCCCACUGCUCUUGUGGUGACGUAAUACGAAAUGCAUUUCUUCUCAGAGGAAGGGUGCUGGAGUACCAGCACUGAUGAAGGCACAGGUCCACAUAAAAUGAGGUGCCAAAGCUAUUUUUGUGAAUUCCUUUGUGGCUUUGUGCAGAAGUAGGGCUGUACCUGUGCAGCAGGGGUGUUUUGUAGCCUCAUGGUGAAAAGGAGACUCCAGGGAAAUGUUGUUGUGGCCUUCCAGUACUUGAAGAGAGCUUAUAAGCAGGAAGGGGACUGACUUUUUACAUUGUCUGGUAGUAAUAGGACAAGGAGCAAUGGCUUUAAACUAAAGGAGAAAUUUGGGUUAGAUGGUAGGAACAAAUUCUUUACUCAGAGAGUGGUGAGGCGCUGACAAAGGCUGCCCAGAGAGGCUGUGGAUGCACAGUCCCUGCAGGCAUCCAAGGCUGCCAGGCUGGAUGGGGUUCUAGGCAGUUGAAUCCAUGACAGAGAUUGGAACUGGAUGAGCUUUAAGGUCCCUUCCAACCUAAGCCAUUCUAUGCUUUUAUAAUUCUAUGAUUCUAUGUUUGGAGGGUACCAGAGUCAACUUCAGAACAUCAGGCAUUUUGCUGUGGGAUGGGUUUGGGCACAGCUGGCUGCUCCUGAUUCAUGGCUUCAGCACAAGAUAGGGAUGACCUUCCAGGGUACUGUCUUCACAGGUACCAUUGCUCUGCUUUCUUAGCCUCCUGGACCAAUAGCUGUUGGGACAUGAAGCACAGGGCACAGCAGCGAGCUGAAGGAGUUUUGAAAGUUUUGAAAGCUUUGAUUAUUCCUGUUGUUGGAUCCAUAGAGAGCCGAUACAUUGCCCAGUGUUCGGUCUUGGUGCAAGUUUGUGGUAGUGUGAGAGGUACAUCAAAUCAAAAUCCAAGAUGUUUCUAUUGAAAGGCAAACAUAGGACUUGAUUACUGGUAAGGGGUUCUUUAAUCUGGUGGUUUGCUCCAUUGCCUGGCUAGAUCACAUGUGGGAAUGGGAUAUGACAUCGAAUGGACUGUUUUAGUGUACAUACUUAACAUGUAGUGCUCAGUGAUAGCAACAAAGAACACAAAGUCCUGCCAGCGUUGUUUCUUUUUCUGCCUGAUAGUAGAUAUCUGUCUGAUAGAGGGACAGCAUUUUCUGUGGGGCAGGGUCUAAGCCCCGUGGCAGCUGAGGUCAUUGCUAGCCCAAGGCUGCUGAUCCUUGAGCUCUGAAUCAGGCAGAGGACUUCAUCUCCCAGGUAAGGUGAUGUGGUCUGUGCAUUUCUUCACGUUUAGAUUGCAAAGCCACAUCACUGUUGUUUUUUCUCCUUACCCAGUGAUCAGGCACCUGCCUUUUGAGUUCAUGGAAGGGUUAUAGGUGUGUGGUGUUCUUUUGAUUUUUAAAGCAUUACACACAGCUGUAAUGUUAACCAUUGUGGUCUGUGAACAUUAGGUGGCAUUUUAUAAAACCUAAGUCAUGUUUUUCAUAAUCAGCUCUGGGAGUCUGCCUUUGGAGGUUUGAGGAAAGAGUCUGACUCUUCCAAAAUUGAGAGCAUAAGUUUUUAGGAGCUUCAUUUUUGUGUUCUUUCUUUUCCAGCCUCAGCUUAUGUGCUUCUGCUCUUAAAACAAGCAAACAAACAAACAAAAAAACACACCCCACACUCCUGAUGUAAAAGACUUGUAAAACAGAACCUAGGAACUCUGUAGUGAAAUCAUAGAAUCAUAGAACGGCUUGUGUUGGAAGGGACCUCAAAAAUCAUCUGCUGUCACAGGCAGGGUUGCAAACCACUAAGUCAGGCACUAGAUCAGGUUUCUGGCUCCAUCCAACCUGGCCUUGAACACCUUCAAGGAUGGGACAUCCACAGCCUCUCUGGGGAACGUAUUCUAGCACCUCAUCAUCCUCUCAGUGAAAAUUUCCCCCCCAACAUCUAAUCUGAAUCUCCCCUCUUUUAGUUUAAAACCAUCCCCCUAUAUCCUUUCAUUAUCUACCCUUGUGAAAAGUUGAUUUCCCACCUCUUUACUAGCUGCUUCUUAGUACCGGAAGGUCAUAAUGAGGUCUCCUCAGAGCCAUCUCUUCUCCAAGCUAAACAAACUCAACUCCCUCAGCCUGUCUUGUAGGAGAGGUGCUCCAAUCCUCUGAUCAUCUUCAUGGCCCCCCUCUGGACCUGAAAAUAAAACACUCAAUCUCCCCUUAAGCUGCCCAGUACCAAUAGUAAAGCUAUACUUGUUUUAUAACAACCAGGCAGCUUUUAAUUUAAGAGCUGGAUUUUGAUGGGUGGCACGUAGGUCUGCAGCCAGUGCUAGGAAAACGAAGGAAUGAUAAAUCUCAUUGAGCUGAAAUGCUGCCAUUACACUUUGCAGCCACUGAAGAAAGUUCUCGAAGAUGAAAAUAGCGAUUUUUAUUUUAAAUGUUAAGUGUCCUAUCAGUCACGAGUGGCAAGCCAGAGCAUGCAGUGAGCUCUGCUGAUGGAGCAGAAGUUGUUCUUUCCUACCUACACUUUUCAGACUAAUUUAAGAUCCUCCUUUGAAAGAUACUGGUUUGGUCCUUAGGGAGGAGGCUGUUGCGAACACUUUCCACAUGAAAAAAAACGGAGCUGGAGAGCAUCUGUGUUCUGCAGGAGGCCCUCUGCAGUAGGGGAAACCUAGACAAGGAGUUCUGAUGUGGCCCUGCUCUAACAGUGUCUCGGCACAGUGUGGUUGUUAUGGGGAGGCUGUGCCCAUGACCCAAGGCCAGCAACUUCAGGUGUUGCUCAAUAUAUGGGAAUGGUAAAGAGACGUUGUGGGGUGAGCAGACAACAAAAUGUCUGCAGGGCAGGUUUUAUACAGUCAUGGAAUGGCUUAAGUUGGAAGGGACCUGAAAGAUCAUAGAGGUCCGGUCCCAGUGCCAUUGACAGAGAUUCUACUGCCAGCUCAGGCUGCCCAGGGCCCUAUCCAACCUGGCCUUGAAGGCCUCCAGCCAUGGGGCACCCACACGUUCUCUGGGCAACUUGAGAAGCAUCUCUGCUUUAAGUAACGGCCUCUGAAUGGCCUUGCUAGGGACAGGGUUUCAUCUCUGUGUCUUCUGCUACCUUUCCUUGCUUACCCUUUUCUACUUCGUGUGACAUGUGUAAGUCAUCUUUAAGAUGGGUGCGAUGCUAGUGGUUCUGCUUAAAAUGCAGGGAUUGCUCUAGCUGUGCCCUUUACAAAGGGCUUAUUUGUGCCCUUCAAGAAGUGUUGCUUUUACCUGAGGACUCAGACAAGUUUGCUUUGUUUUAGUCCCCUCCCAUUCCUCUGGUGAAGGAAGGUCAUAAAUGAAACCAAGUGCAGCAUGCCCAAACAUUGUGAAAUACUGCUAUGGUGUUAAGGUCUCUCUGCAUACAUUCAAGAAGAAAGCAAAGUAACUGUUUUCUUUCAAAAGUGGCAAUAAGUUAAGCCAGCUGUGCAAUGACAACAUGCAUUAUCCCCACUGCCUAGCUCUUGGGCAGCUAAUGAGACCUUAAGUGCCCACUGGUGAACAGUAAAAUUUGUAAACAAAGCUUUCAACUUGUCUGAAGGCUUUCCUUCACUGCUUUUUCUUCUUUCUGGCUAAACAUUGGAUCGUUGCCCGGUAGACGCUAUUUAGAUGUAAAACUUGCAGUAAAUGCCAGUUUCUUCCAAAGAGCCAGUAGGUGUCCCAGCCUUGGGGCAUAACCCAGCAGAUUUGCAUUAGCUCACAGCAAGCAUUUUUGACUUGGCGUUGUAUACAUGGAAUGUGGCUGGGGAGAAAAAAAAAACCCAACGACUACAUCUGUUCCUUUCUUUGCUAGAUGGUUUUUAAAAACGUAACAGUUAUCUUUAAUUAUCUUGCCUGGAUGCCAGAACCAUCAGAGAUCCCAAUGACUAAAGUUUGGCAGCUGAACUCUGUCUAGGUGAGUCACGCUACUUGGAGAUGCUGAGGGGAGGCUUUGCUGCUGCUCCUGGCAUUUUGGGGGCUCGUGAAAGGCACACCUGGUGGUCAGGCUUGUCUCACAGCCUCCAAAGCCACGAUAAAGAGUUGUGACCUGCUCACAGAUGGAGAGAAGGCCGUUGGGAAAAAAAAAAGAGGGAGAAUUUUAGUAUUCUGUAGUUCUGCUGCUCAAACUGGCAGCCCGAGGGCUGUCUUAUGGGUGAUACAAAUGGAAUGCACAGCAAUGAGCCUGGUGUAAGGGGAGUUAAAAAAACAACAAAAAACAAAACAAGAAACAACAAGUAAAAAAAAAAACCAGCAACCUAAAAAUGAAAAAAGAAAUGCCAACCUUAGUAGCUGAAACAGAAGAAUGAAAACAUCAGACCUGAGGCCAUAAUCCAGCCACUUGCUUGCAACAUGGAAUUGGGAGUGUUUUUGAGGUCUCAGCCGGGGACCCAACCAGGGAGCUGCCCUGAAGGGCUCCCAGCUGGCUGACAUACCGCCCUGCUGUGCUGAUCCUGGUGACUCACUCCUCUCAGACUUGAGUUCCUAUGGGGAGAGGAAAUAGCAAAACACGCACCCGGCCUGUUGGAAAGUGAGUCUGGAUCCAAGAAUUGUGCUCUGGGGGAAGGGCAGGGGACUGUGAGAAGGAUUUUCCUAUUUUAAAUGACUCCCAAGAGGCCUAUGCUAGGAAUGAGCAAUAGCAUCCUUUUCUCUGCCUGCUGACGUUGGGCUUAGGAGACACUGAACUCCAGGGUUGCUCACCCUUGCCUUUUUCUUUCAAACCCUGUUUACUCCUAGUUACUAUAGGGUUUCAUUUUGUUUUUAAUUUCCUCUUCAAAUCCCACAUUCUUUGGAGAAGGGAAGGUUAAAGAAAGAUAAAGAAUAUUUUGAAACAUGGAAAAGCAAAGGAAUGAAUAUGCUUCUUGAAAAAUCCCCCGUUAGUUGAAAAUAAAUAUGCUGCUUCUUUGCUGGUUGUGUGUUGGAAAUACUUGAGUGUUUGCAAUGGGAGUGUAUGCAUGCAUGUGUGCAUAAUGGGGUGGAUUAUAAGAUUUGAUCAGCAUGAACUUCAGCAUUUCCAGCUGUGUAACCUGAGCAAGUUGGGAAGAUGUACAGAUUUAAUUACCAUGUAAAUCCAUUAGCUCUGAAUUUCCUGGCAUUUGUUUUGCUGAUGACACAACCUGAAUGUUAUUCACUUUGUGGAUUUUUUUAAUCCAUCCAAUUCUGGGGGGUGAUUAAAGUGAGUAAUUGCUGGUGUGAGACUCCAAAUGAUCAUAUCUGCUGUUACGGUUGAUCUCUAUGCUGUUUUUUGAAAUACCAAUUUCAUAUUACCCUUCAUAUUCUCCUGCAAAUGAGGCAAUUUUAGUGUAAUUAAUAACCAGACAGUUAAAAAAAAAAAAAAAGUAAAGUAAUUGACAAAUUAUUCCUCUGUGCCUUGGUUCUGAUUUUUUUACACUGUAGAAGAUGCACACCUAGAGAUGUGAGGUCCCCUCUGUUUGUCCACGCCAGGUGCAUAAGCCAGGGUAGUGCCAGUCUCCACUUUUAUCAGUGUAUCUUAGGUGUGACCUGGGGGACUGUUGACAUUCCUCAUUCUCCCUGAUCUCUUCUGUUUGCUAUAUGUAACACGAUUUUCCUGCCAUCAGAAAGCUCUUCCAGCUGUUCUGCUCCUCAGUCAGGCUAGGAGGGAGGAUCUCUGUGUCUCAAGAGUAAGCAGUUAGAUGUGCCUGCAGUUGCAUGCUCAUUAAUACUGACCAUGGCCUGUUCAACAGGUCUUCUGACAACUGAUAUUUCAUACAGUUCAUGCGUUGUUGGAUGGUUUUUUCCCAAAUACGCACUGCCAAAUGUAGUCGCUUUCUCUUUUUCUUCUUUCUUCUCCCUCAAAUUAACAUAUACAAAAGGUAAGCACCCUGGUAUCAAGUUGUACAGGGUACAGAUAUCUGCUUUUCUCCUCAGUUUCCCUGUGGGGAUGCUGGGGAAGGUUGAUCUUGUCCCUCUUUCAGCCCCUAUCUUUGGAAUCAGUAUUCUGGAAAAAGACUGUUCUGCUGCCAGGUUGUCCUUCAUUUCUCAUCCUUCUAAGAGCAUUGGAGCAGUAGCUUGGAUCUGUGUCUCAAACCAGUGAUGUAUCAACACAUCCUAUGCAGUAGAUGAGCUCCUUUGUUCCCUGAAAGGCACGUGGGAAUGAAUCGUGGAGGUGAGGCUCUUGGGAGCUCCAUCACUAGCCCUUCUCAAAGCUGACAUGGCUGUGUACCACACUGUGAUUCAAUCUGUGGCUGAGUUUGGAGAAGAAUGAGGGUUGGCCAGCUUCCCUGCUGCAAGUAUAAGAACUGCUGAAAGAGGAAGAAGUUGAGGGAUGUGCUGAACCUGAAAACUUGCAGUGUUUUUGCCUGAAUCUGUGUGACAGUGAACUGAUGCACAAAUGCCAGUGAGUGCUGAGAACAGUUCUCUUGGUCUCUGAGAAACUGAGAGAGCUUUUCAGUAUGUAUCCUUGGGUUUGGGUGUGCAGGAAUUCAUGGACUUCUCUGCUGCAUCAUCAUCAUUGGUAGGACUGCAUGUGCAGUCCUCCACAAGCAGUGUCUGGGCACGGUUCUUUAGCUGCAAAGGGCAGAUUUCUGCUUCAGGUCCUUAUCAUAGAAUCCCAGAAUGGUUUGGCUUGGAAAGGACCUUAAAGCCCACCGCCUGCCAUGGGCAGAGCUGCCACCCACCAACUCAGGCUGCCCAGGGCCCCGUCCAACCUGGCCUUGAACACCACUGCCUCACCACUGUCUGACUAAAUAAUUUCCUGCUAAUGGGUAGAUGCUGCACUUGCACGCUUAAGCAGAACUGCGUAUGAUGCAUUUUACGGCUUUUGCAUUAUAACCAAGUUGAGAGCUAAGCCUGCUGAGAGUGAAAAGCAUGUAUGUGCCAUCUUUAAUGACUGGCACUUUGCCUGGGUGCCCCAGAGUUUGAAUCCCUGUGUUAGCAGCUGUGUUAGCAGUAUUCAGACCUCCUUGGAUACCAUAUAAGCAGAUGCCUGCGAAAUGUUGUUGCUGUGAAGUGUUUGGUUGCUUGAAAAGGAGAUGGUAUCUCCAUGUAGCCUCUCUUCCUGACGUUUGAUGUUAUUAACUAGAAAUGGUUCUUUCUAUAUUUUAUCUCCUAUGUACCUUUGAUUUAUACAAACCACAAGAGAGCUAGUGAAGAAACGAUUCCCUCUUCUCCCUGUUAACUUGCAGUGAGAGAGGAAACCAGAGAUGAGGACAAAUUCAUGCCUGGGGUGCACUCUGGCAUGGUGUGUGUAGGCCAGCGUGCUCUGGGAUUCCUGAAGGGUGGGCUUUGGUUGUACCCCUGCAGGAAGUGCGUAGGCCUCCUAGUGAGCGUAGUGUGUUUUAUGGGCUCAGUAUCAUUUGGGAGUAUCAUUUAGGACUCUCAACUUCAUUCCCUUUUUUUAGUGAGCCCUUUGAAAGCCAGUUCUCUGUUUCAGUCUCAGCCCUGAUAACAUGACAUCUUGAGAUAACCGGCACUCGCUGGUCUGACUUCAGGCUUCAGUCAGCACUCCCAUGGAAGGACCCAAAGCUGAGUCUCUGUUUCACUUCAGAGCUGUCCAUUUGAGCAGAGAAGAAAAAAAACUUUUCCCGUAGGCAGAGGUGGAGAAAAGGGGCUUUGUCUGGCAGGAACAGUCAGAUGCUGUGAGAGCUGCAGCCUGCGGCUCACUUGGGCUGCAGCCAAAUAUGACUUGCUAAAAGCCAUCCAAAAUCCACCGUGCGCCCGGAUGCAGGAGCCCUCCUCUGUUUGCUUACCGUGGGGAUGAUAUCUGUAGGUGUUCUGUGUUCCCCUAAAGCACCUGGCUUAUAAGCGGGAGCAAAUGUCCCAACAGAUUGGCAGUGGAAGUCCACGGAGCUGCAGCUUUCUCCCUGCAAACGUGAGCCCUGGUGUUUUGCUUGUUUGAAAAGUGUGCUGGGAGAAGGGGAGGAUAAGGUUGUAUCUGUCCUAAUGGCUUUUGACAGAGAUUAAAAAUCCCAACUAAACACAUCUCCUUCCUAUGUAGAGAGAACAGUUUAUUUAAUUCAAGUACGCUCCUUAUACAGCAUGUCUGUAACUAGUGCUGUCACCGGCAGUGGGGUGUGAGGGUGCAGAAUCACAGGAUCAUUAAGGUUGGAAAGACCAAUAAGAUCAUCUAGUCCAACCAUCAACUCAUGCCUAUGGCUGGUCUGGAUCGUGUCCUUCAGUGCCACAUCUACACGGUUCUGAAACACCUCCAGGGAUGGUGACUCCACCACCUCCCUGGGCAGCCUGUGCCACUGCAGCACCAACAGGGUGGUAGCCAGGAGCUUCAGCAGAGCUGUAUUGUCUUAAAAAAGAAAGCCAUUGCCAACAACACCACCAACCCCCCCCCCCCCCCCACACACACACAUUUUUGGUGCAAGUAAUCUUUUUUCUUUUUUUUAAAGAUAAACUCUGCUGGGGAAAGAUGCCAAACUGAAUGCCACAGACAAAGAAUUCCUUUCUUUUUCAACCAAAUAGAUAUUGGGUUUCUGGCAGUCUUCUCAGCUUCCUCCCUAAUUUGCCCUUUCCUCCUCUGGAGUGCAGUGGUGAUUGCUGCAGUAUCAACAUGGAGGGCUGUUCUGUGGAUGUUCUGCUCUGGAAGUGGCUGCUGACCACUGCGAUGUGUGCGGAAAUGGUGGGAGGGAUGGGGGAUGUGCCUUGAGAAGGCAGAGAGGAGAAGUUUAAGUGUAGGUGGGAACCGUGAGGAGGCCGAUGUCUCACUGCUCCCUGAAAGCUGUAGCUGCUGCUCAAAUGCCUUUUUGAAACCUUUAAUCAAAUGGAGUUGCUUUCAAUGAGACUACUGUUUUUUAAGGGAAAAAAAUAGAAAGCAAGCUUCAUGUGUUCACUGUGGUAGAGAUGUGUGUAACACGCAAAAUAUUCCUGUAUCUCGAGCAGUAUUGCUUUCUCUGAUCAUUAAGAAGUCCAGACCCUAAAGCUAUAUCUCUUAGUGGAGUCCAGCAGCUGUGUGAUCUGGCCUGUCACACUCCUUUAGGACUUCCGUGUUCAAAGUUACAUCGCAGGCUUUAAAAAUAAGAUGAAAACGCAACAACAAGAGUUAGAGAACCAUUUUAAGGACACAUAGAACACUUAUUUGCUGUCAGGAGGUUCUGCUGUCAAUGCGCUCCAUUUCUUCCAUGCAGCUUGCUGCUUGUCAGCUUUGCAGAUGCAGCAGAAAAACAGAAAGCACACAUGUUGAGGAACAUGUUGGACUCCCUUCCCUGCCCCAAGGCCCUCUUUCUGUCUGGUUUUGGGAAGUUGAAUGUUUAUUUCCUUUGCUGCUUCUCCUGAAGUGGUAUUAGGAAAAUUCCCCAUUCAGAGGGAAAGUAAAGUAACCUUUACUUCUUCCAUUUGCUUAUUUACAUAGGAAUUGAUACAAAUUUCUUCUGUAUUGAAGCUGUAUUAUGCAGGAAUCUUUAUGUGAAUUUACUAAAGGUAGCCAAGUAGCCCAUGGUCAUUUUGUCUUUCAGCUGUGUCUUGGAACCAGUGUACAAAUACUAGAGCAGUCAUGUUGUAGCUUGUGCUAAUAGGGAAGUGGAGUUUAUACCCUUAGCAGAUGGGAAGCAGCGCUAGUUGGGAGAGCUGCUGAGUCCUUGUGUAUUGAAACUACACAAGGUUUUCUGAGGUGGUCAUGAUCCCCUUGCUGAGUCAUUUCAGAGUUAGUUUAGUUGUUUCAUCAUUCACAGCAAGUUAAUAUGAAACUAAAAAUCCAUUUUGCCAUUUGUAAAGGCUUUGUUUUAGCUAGCUUGCUGUUUGAGCGUAGUUAACUGUGAUCCUCUGUUUUCUGCGUUAUGUUUAGUAAAUAUUUUCUUUACUGCCUGUCAGAAUUGACUGAUUAGCUUACAGAUUUUGAAAGAAGUCCCAGUUAGUACCGGUGGGCAUUUAGAAGAGGGGCUGUGUCUUGUUGGGUGCUUGGUGGGCUCUAUGAGAGACGCCUGAGCUCGGCAUAUUCUAGCACCAGGCUGUGAGGCCACAAGUGUUGCUGUGGUGUAAAGGGCAUGCGAGGAGUGUAAGCACACUGCUUCUCUUGUGGAAUCAUACAGUAUGGACUAGUUUGAUUCUUAAUUUAGCCUACAGGAAGCCGGAUCUUGAAUUUCAAUGUUUGUUUCUGCAGGAGAGGGCAAGACGAAGGGCCAAGAUCAAUGCUGCCUGCAAAAACAGAGCAAAUCAAGCAGACUUAGACUUUUGCAGGACCAGGCCCCAGUUGACAAAGACUCCUAUAUGAGAUGGUAGAUAAUGCCUGAUUGUUUAGAAAAGCUUGUUACGAUUCAUUGCACAAAUAUUUUUGUACCAAAAUAGAUUUCUCUGUGUGUAAAACAAGGAGGAAUGGUUUCUUGCAGUACAGUUUCUUCUGUAGUCUCCUGAUACUUGAAAUGAUAACAAGAAGAGCUUCAGAGUCUUUGGAUAUUGCUGGGAACUGCACUGGGGUCUCUAGGAAGUAGAUCAGGAGAUCUGGUUCGUGCUUGUUUUGAAUAAGAAACAAGUACAAAAUUAUCCUAGUGCAUGCAUUCAUAUAGUGCUUUGCUAGUGUAAUAGGUAAAGUGGUAAUUAGCAGUGGCUGCCAGGAGCUCCAGCUGUAGGGCCUAGAAGCUGAAUGUGGCUGGAAUGCUGUGUCUGGAGUAGAUGUAUAAAUUACCCAGGAAUUCCACAGUAUAGCAAAGGAAUUGCCUGGGGACACGCAGGCUCUUUUUGCUGGACUGUGGUGUAUGUUCUGUGCAACUAGAAUUGUCGUAUGUGGUGGCAGACAAUACGAGCCUGAGUUGUUUCCUUUCUCUUCUCUGUGCUUCAGUGACCACCCAUGUGUUCCAUUCCACACAUGGCACAUCCUAACAAUAAUUCCUGCAGGGUGUGUAGAGGAAAGGAGGCUGCCUCAGGACAUGGCUGCUCUGCUUCUAUUUUCUGUUUUUAUUCACUUCACAGAAUUCCUGGAUGAGUUCUCAACUGAUGUCCUAGGCCAGCUCUUGAACGAUCCCUUCUUGUCUGAGAAGAAUGAAGUGAUGGAGGUGGAACUGUCUCCAGCAUCCCCAGCGCCACUCAUCCAGGCAGAGCACAGCUACUCCUUGUGUGGGGAUUCCCGGCCCCAGUCACCGCUGACCCACAUCUCGACUGAUGACAACUUUAAUGAAGGUGACCUGGAAAAUGAAGACUGGUGUCUGGGUUCAGAACUGACUCCAGCAGCAAUAAAGACUGAGCCAGUGUUGUGUGAGACGUCAGGCCUUACUCCCUCUGUCAGUCUCACUGUCACUGCCACGUCGCUGGAUGGAGAACAAGCUGAGCUGCAUACUGAUGCCCUGAUGAAACCACUGAGCCAGAGAGCUCUUCCAGAGAUUAAAUUGGAGCCUCAUGAAGUGGAUCAGUUUCUGAACCUCUCUUCUAAGGAAGCAGUUGAUCCCCUGCAUUUGCCUCCAACCCCUCCCAGCAGUCAUGGCAGUGACUCUGAAGGAGGGCAGAGCCCAGCUAGAUCUCUCCCUCCUUCAAGCCCAAUCCAGCUGCAAGCCGCAGCUAAAGUGGUGUCACGCACAGCUUCAGCGCUCUCCAAUUCCCCUCUCCUGACUGCACCACAUAAGUUGCAGGGGACUGGCCCACUCAUCCUGACAGAGGAGGAGAAGAGGACACUGAUAGCAGAGGGGUACCCAAUCCCUACCAAACUGCCCCUGACGAAAGCAGAGGAGAAAGUGCUGAAGAAAAUCCGCAGAAAAAUAAAGAACAAGAUCUCUGCCCAGGAAAGCAGAAGAAAAAAGAAAGAAUACAUGGACAGUCUGGAAAAAAAAGUUGAGAACUGUUCAAAUGAAAACAGUGAGCUACGUAAGAAGGUUGAAGUCCUGGAGAGUACUAACAGAACACUUCUGCAGCAGCUGCAGAGACUCCAGGCCAUGGUUGCUGGGAAGGUGUCCCGUUCAUGUAAGGCAGCUAGCACACAGACAGGGACCUGUCUUAUGAUGGUGGUGCUGUGCUUUGCAGUUGUUUUUGGCAGCUUCUCUCAGAGCUAUGGACCAUAUCCUUCUGCUACAAAGAUGGUGUUGCCCAGGCAGCAUUCCUCACCAGAGUCCUACACAGACUCCAUUGUGAGGUCACGGAGUCUGCUGAUUUAUGAAGAGCCUCACCAACUGGAGGAGUCGUCAAACCCGAUCUCAUCUGCAGAUCGAAACGACAGGCAUGCAGACACCCCCAAGUAUGCGGCGCUAGCUCUGGAAGCUGUGCCGGUGAUGCAGCAGGAUGAUAUCAUGGAGUUCACAAUAGCCAACGAGACACGGCUAGAGAAAUCAGUGCUGCUGGGCCUACAGCAACACAGAGUCAACUCUGAAAUAGAAGGAAAUGAAACUCUGAAGAUAAUUGAAUUAGAUAGAAGAGUCAAUGCCACCUCUUAAAAAUAAAAAGGCCUUUUUUCUUGACUUCCCUCUUUCCCAGAUAUUUUCAACCAAAGUCCCCCUGACUUGUCAUCCUCAGUGAACCAAAGCACAAAAGAGGGAGUUGACCAAAUUCUGCAUUGACUGGUGAGACUGUGACUGCAGAUGGAAUCUCUUGUCUUGUGACUCCCUUCCUUACUUCACACAAUCCCUAUAUUUGCUUUUAUUUCUUUCCUGUCUGGUAAUACAAGGGCAGGGUAGAAUUAUGAUUGCAGAUGAUACCGGCACUGUGCUGAUGAUUGAUCUGUGUAUGUGUGUCAGUGCUUGCAUGUAUACAUCAUCAUCUGUGCAUAAAAUCAUUGGGUAGAAGAGUGGAAUAUGCAAAACUGAUGGGAGAAAGUGGUUGAUGGGCUUCUAACUAAGAGGAAUAGGAGAGGCAGCGUGAUGCUGCUCAAGCUUUAGUCACGGUUCCAUGCCUGCUGGUCUGUAGCACUUGAGCCUUUUUGGGAGGAGUGAGAAGCGUGUGCUUCAUCUGCCUCUGAAAGCACAAGAAUGGGCCCCAAUACUAUUUUGUUAACAGCACAGGCAGGAGAGGUAUGGACAGUGACGGUGCUGAGUCAUCCUCCCCUACAUCUUUCUAUCUUUCUCUCUUCUCCUCACCAGCCGCUAUGUCAUUUUGUGCAACAGGUUUCUCUUUGCGUUGGAAGCAAAUGUGGUAGGUGUCCCUACUGCUUUUACCCUUAUGGACUACAAGCAAAGAUUCGUCUCUGUCUUGUCACACUGUCUGGGACAAACGGAGUAAUUUAACUGAUUCUGUUUAGAAAGCAUGUUUUGUUAACUUCAGGCAGUGUUUUGGGUGGAUGUUCCUUGGUCUGCUUAAGGCUAACCUGUUUAGUUCAGAUCAAUUCCUUCCCAACAAACUAAAUCAAUGUUAAGUCUUAAACCAGAAGUGCCUCCUGAGAGGACCAUAUGGAUUUUAUUUAUUGGCUUCUAGUUGCAUUGAUGGAAUUUCUCAUGUAGACCAAGUCUUGUGUUUUCUUUUUUUUUUUUUCCCAUCUUCCUGUUACUGUUGUAAAUAGUAUUUAUUAGCUUUGCAAGAUUUUGUUCAAGGAGUUAUAUUGGAUUAACCUUCCCUAUCCCUGCAAGUGAUCUUGGCAAGCUCUGAAAUUGGACAUACAAAUAUCACGGAGCAUCCAUUCCCUCCCUCUAAGCUUGAAUUGCCCUAAAAUAAUCAUAGGUCUCCUCUUCUUCAUGUGUCCUUUUUCAGAGAUGAAAUCUUAGACCAACUCUUUCACCAAAUAAGAUGCAUACAAUUCAGGCCUGGAGGUGGUUAGAUGCUGUAUUAAUAUGGCAAAGCAGUCCCUGACCUGAAGAGUUGGUAUGUAGGCAGCAGACAAGGCAAAAAAGGAAUGAGGCGGGCAUGUAGGUGGGUAAAGUGACUGGCCCAAAGUGUAGUGGAAAAACUGAGAACCAUAUUCCAAUGUGAUCCUAGUUCAGUCCACUUUUUACUUUGCCGUGUUUCCUUCCUCUCCCAUGUAGCUGUUGCCUAAGACUUGUCCUUCUGUUGGUACCCUGCUCAUGCCUUUGCCUAAGUUGUGCUUCUUGGAAUUUGUCCUUGGAUUGGCACAGCCAAUUCUAGCCCAUGAUUUGAGCAGAGAUUGCUCUUAUUGCUACAAAAUAGCACUCAGAUUUCACUGAGGAUGAAUUUAAUGUGAAAAUCUUAAUUCAGCAGACUAGCUAUAGCUAUUUUACAGUUUAACAUGUCAAUUAAAAACAAAAACAAAAAACAACCAACCAACCAAUUUUGUAGCUCUUUUAUUUUUUUUUUCCCUUGUGAUAAAUAAGGGAAAAACUAACUAACUAACUUAGCCUUACAAGUAAUUGUUUACUAUGUACAGUAGAUAUUUCCUGCAAGUAUGCUAUUUUGUAAAAUACUGGAUUAGUAUUUUAUUGUAGUGGCUGCCACACCUGCUCCUUUCUUGUUCUUCAUUCUCUUUAGACUUUCUUCCUUUGGUGUCCUAUUUGCUACCUGCUCUUAGGACUAGCUCAAAGCUCAAUGAUAGAAAUGGAAAGAAUUUGGUGGACAACAGUGGGCUUUGGUUUGCCCCCUCCCCGUGGCAUUUUAAGAAGGUAUUUCACCAUAGUGAGAGUGAAAUGUAUGCCUGACUCCAUGAGCUAAUAGUGAGUGUUGGUGUACAGAUGUACUUUUUCCUUUAUGUCCUAUUGAUCUAUGCAAGUGCCUUUUUACCAAUUUACCUUUGGUAGAAAUGAGAGAAGAAUGCCAUUGUAGACCAUUUUGCAAGAAUUCCCUUCUUGGCGUGAAUCAGUGAACCUUUAAAGCUUCUUUCCCUUCACAAUGAUCCUGUUUGAUCCUCUGCAUCAUUCCAGUAUCCCACAGUGGUUUGGAUGGUUUUUUGAAGCAAUGAUACAGGGCUUCACCUAAAUAGCAAAUGCUACUAGUGGGUGUCACUGGAGGUGUCACAAGGGAUGGCUGCAUAAUUCAGCCACAUGAGGUCAGCAAAGAGUCAUAGAAUCAUAGAAUGGUUUGGGUUGGAAGGGACCUUUAAGAUCAUGUAGUUCCAAUCCCCCUGCUACAGGCAGGGACACCUCCCUCUAGACCAGGUUGCUGAAAGCCCCAUCCGGCCUGGCCCUUAAUGCUUCCAGGGAGGGUCAUUCACAUCAUCACUGGGCAACCUGUGCCAGUGUCUCAGCACCCUCACAGGGGUGUCAAGCACAACACUGCUUUUAAUUGGGUUGCAGUUUGCACUGUGCAUGAGCAGAAGGCCAAGCUGCCUGAGCUCGUGCCCACUGCCAGCUAAAUGGAUCAUCUCCCAGUGCAGAUACUUCUAACUUCAUUGUAUCGAAAUCAAAGUUGAAUUUUUCCCCAGUACUCCAAAGACUGACAAUUCUGCAAUACCCGAGUAACCUCCUUCUCUGAGACCUCCUGCAGUAAUCCCUACUGACGCUUUGCCUUCUUAUUUGCUUAAUUUGGACCUAUCCAUUCAAAUUUUAUUAGUAGAUAAUCAUGUUUUCAUCUGAAACGUUUUAAAUUGGUCAUAUUCAGGGUCAGACCCUGCUGAACUCAUUCAUCUGAACCAGUCUGGCAACACUGAUUUUAACUGUUGAAUAUUAUGCUUCUUUAGUCUUCACCUGUCUCACCCUUUAAAUAAUUUUUAAAUACUCUUGGGGAUCUCUUGAGCUAGCACACACAUCGCUUGUGGAUUUUUUAUUAAAUACUGUUUCUUUAUAAUAAGGAGAUCCUUUGCUUUACUUUGGUAUGUUUGUGACCAUUUUUCUUCAGGGGCCUUCAUUGAACAGAUUUCUCUUUGAGACAGUAGGAGCCAAGUAUCUCCCAGUAUCAGCCUCCCAUGUGCUGAUAUGGGACAAGGACCUGCUGCCCCUGGUGUGAGCAAUGGCCAUGCCCUAGCAGGGGGCAGGGGAGAUCCAAGGGCAGGCCCACUGAGAUCCAAGGGAAAAUGUCGUUGCAGAGGAAGCUGUAUGUGCUAAGGACAUUGGUAAGGAGCAGUAAGGGGUGUUCAGGGAGGGAAGAUCCCUGUACUUAUAGUGAUCUCAGCCAUAUUUGUUGAGUCUGUAGCCUAACAGUACAUCUUUUACAGUGGUCAGUGACAUGAGAUGGCGUGUGUGUAUGGACAGGGCAGGCAGAGGCCUUGUGCUACCUGAUAUACACUUCCAUUAGAGGACUCAAACAAUCCCUAGAGUCUAGCUGCAACUUUGUGCUGUUUGACAUCAUGGUUAUGUGCUAGUGAACUUCACUUUUGGCCCAUAGCAUUAAAGCAUGCCUAGAUCUGUCAGUUCUUUGCUUCUAGGGAGAUAAGCUAUGAAGGAAUUAGGGCAUUAUUUUAUAUAUAUAUAUAUAUAUAUAUAUUUAAGAAGUAUUAAGCACAGGGCACGUGACAGUUUUAACCUUGUUAUCUGUGUAUAGAUAAUGUUGGUGUUGGGUUUUUUUCUUUUGUUGUUUGAUUUGCCAGGCUAUUUAUAGUUCUUUGCUGCAUUUCUUUUAUUUCCUCCACACCAUUCAAUGUUUUCCAGCAGCAGGGACUAAUAUUGGAUUAGGCUGAGGUUCUGAGGCCAGCUCCUGGCUGAAGGCAGCACAGCUUCUCACUCACUGCUUCCAGGCGCUGCAGGUUGAUCCAUAAUGGCAGGAGACCUCUUCCAUAACCCUCUGUAUAACAGUGUAUCCCAAUGCAAGCUUAUUCUUGAUUUCUUUAAUGUAGAGCUGAGAAAGAAUCCAAAAACUUUCCUUCUCUUUUUCUCCCUGCUGAAAUCCCCACCUCUGCCCCCAUCCCCCAAAACAUCAGCAGUGAGUUCUGUCUGGCGCAUUUAGAAUGUGGGUCAAGUAAAUGAGUGAUACUAAUUGCUAUGUUGGGAGGGAUUUCCUCUGAGUAUUUGGGCUCUAGAUUCUAGCUAAUGCCAAGAGGCCAUUGUACAAAACUUGUGCAGCUAAGAACAGAAUUAUACAGAGUAUUUUUAUACGUGGGUGACUAAAAUAUUUCUUUCUCAAGUCACUAAUUAGAAAGGGAACGUUUUGUAUUUUGAAGGUGAAGUAGUAGGUCAGUACUUUUAACUACAAAAGUGAUAGUAACCUAUGUAAGUAACAUUGUGCUAUGGUGCUGCUGCUUUGCACUGUAGUGUUGAGGAUAAACACCUUUGAGGGUUGUAGAGGUGCCUGAACUGGCUCACGUGCUAAAGGCUUUAUAAAUAAGAGGUUAGGAUUCAGUCAGUGGGCCAGGAGAGUGUACUUUUCUUACAGUCUACAGAUCAACAGUGAGCAUCAAGGUUGUGAUCCCACUUAACACUGCAUUGCUAAGAUCAACAUCCAUUGGAAACCGCAGGUUUUAGAGGGGAAUUGCCAUCUGUUUUUGUGAUUAUCAUGUCAGGCCUGAAUUGACUUUGUAUAUAGAAAGGAAUGCGUCUUGCAAAGAAACUCAUUUGUGAUGCAGAAAUAGUUUGGGUAUUGCUGUAAGUUAUUACUGGUGGUCUCUGCUCUACCCUAAAGCCCAUCUCCGUACUUUUCCCCAAGAGCUGGAACUGGAUAGGUAAGAACAAAACGUGGGAAAGCUGGACUUCCUAGAGAAACAUCCUAGUUCCUAAUUCCUUAAAUCAGCAAUGACAGUCUUUUCUGUUAGUUCCCACCUUCAUUUCUCUUUACUUUUCCCCUUGCUCUUCAAUGAGGUGUAGUCCUGUUUAUGUAAAAUGAGUGCAUACCUGACCUUUACUGUGUAUGCCACCUUCCCUUCCAACCUGUAGGCAAAAAUCCUUCUGCACUUCAACAGCUCGUAAUUAAGGGAGUGGAGAGGAGAAGGGGGAAGCAGAGGCAGUGGUCGAUUUUUUGACGUAGAGCUCUGUUUGUAGUUGACUGACAAUUCCAAUUCGCUGGUGCUGAAGUAAUUGCAUCUUGCUUUCUUCAUGUGCCCCGUCAGCAUGAAUGAGUGCUUGUGUGUCUGUGCACGUGUGCAUGGUGAGCAAUUAAAAACAAAAUGAAACACAAAUGCAGAGUUAUUUUCUUAAUGUAGUAAGUGUCCUUCUACAAAGGCAUCUACCUGAGCACCCCAGGCACAUUCCUCUUGGUGCAGCAGAAAGCCCAGGUGCUUCUCUCUGACCGCCCGCAUUCCGCACUGUGAUAACUCAAGUCUAAAUCUGUCAUGUGGAUGGCUGUAUGAUUUCUGUCCUAUUAGCAAAUGUCAAUGGAGAGCUGUUAAACUGUGUCCUUUUGUGUGUGUGCAUAGAUUGGCAGAUCUGUAGGACAACUCUGGCAUGGUACAAAAAAACCCCAACAUUACUGUAUGUGGUCUUCAGACAUCAAUUUUGUAGUGCAGAAUUGUGUUUUCUGAUGCUUUGUUCUUAGUGUUAUACAUUUGCCUUUAAAAAUGGCCUUAAAAAAAGGGAGGAUGGAGAGUCGGGGGGACCCUUGGAGGACCUGGUGUACCACUGCCAGCAGCACCAUGGCCUCUGCAAGGACUGUGCCAUGGUAUGAGCACAUCGAAGCUCCAGUGAGGUUUUGCUGGGCCUUCUGAAGGGCAGAUUACCUGAUGUUACCCUUUGGAGAGAAACAGUGGCCAAACUCAUUGCCUGGGGCCAUGAGAAACAAUACCCUGUGACUCUGAGUCAUUCUGCCUGUGACACCCUGAAAGAGUUUCAGCUGAUCAUUUCCUUUUCCUCUGUACAUGUGGAUACUGUAUGAGUUUGUACAAACACGUAAACAAAACUAUCUUAGAUAAAAAGAACAGUGAUACUAGUGCAGAAGCAUCUCCCAGAUUCCUUGGUAAACUGUGUUGUAGCCUCUCUGGCCACAGAAAUCUCCAUGCUUUUGCCAAAAGCCUAUUUCAUUCUGUGUAUGUGUGCUCGAUGGCCUCUCCAUUUUUGUACAAGUGCUGUCACCUGGGUGCAUUCCCACCUGAUUGUUCACCGGUAACCAUGUCCAUUGGGUGUAAAGAAGUUGCUGCCUUUUCCUUUUAAACUGUCGACUUGGUUCUACAAGAGAACAGAUUACCUGCCUUUGUAGCCUAAACAUGUAUGUAUGUAGCUAAGUAUGUUAUGCUUUUUCUUUCAAAUAAAUAUUUUCUGUAGAAAAA